AUGUUCGAAAAUCCUGAUAUUGGCUAUAUCGGGGGUGGUUGCUGUGGUUCCACCAAAAAGCGCACUAUUGUCGGUGGUUGGGCAUGGGCCUGGUGGCUGGUGACAGACGUGCAACGCCUGUCGCUCGAGGUGAUGACACUCAAUCCCAUGUGCGAGAAUGUCGAGACGGCACAGGGUGUGCCAUUAACUGUAACCGGUGUCGCUCAGUGCAAAAUCAUGAAGGCUGACGAAUUAUUGGGCACCGCCAGCGAACAGUUUCUGGGCAAGAGCGUUAAGGAGAUCAAGCAGACGAUAUUGCAAACAUUGGAGGGACAUUUGCGUGCCAUUCUCGGUGAGUUUACAUUAAACAAUUCUUAUUUUGAAAAUAACACGUAA